AUGGCAGCUCUCCCUGAGAUUCCGACAUUGAUCGCAGAGAUGGAGAAGAACCGUCGAUUUCGCCGUCGCUGCUCCGAGAUCAAGCAAACGUGGCCUGGCAUCACAACGGACCAGCUCGAUGAGGAAACGCUUCACAAUUGGGAGCGUCUCCAACAUGCGAAGGAGUCCUGGAAAAAUGGCAUUGACCGCGUCGACGGCCUUCUGAAACAGCUAAAGGAGACGACCCGCUCCACUAUGGCCGAUCUUAACCAUAGAAUCAAUGUCACAGAAGGCAGAUACCGUGAGCUGGACGACGGGCAGACCCCGACUGCGAGGGAGGCAGACUUGCAGGCCUUCUAUGCCUACGGCAAUGCCUUGGCUCGGAACUAUGGGUUUGCGAGUCAAGAGCACUGGUGGCAGUGUAGAAAGACAUUGUCAUAUGACAACUGGCCACCGAAAAGCUAUGUGCCACCUCCGUCUAUGGAUAAGGAGCCCGUCAUCCCGUCCAUCGAACAGGAGCAAUCGCCCUCCGUAGACGAGGACACCGCGGGUGGAGAGAUGUACUCCUGCUCCCAUUGCGACGAGCCCAACGGCACGUGGCUCCUGAUACCAUGCACGACCUGUGGAAAGUGGUUCCACAUCACGUGCACCCCUCUCCGCUGCAGGCAAGACGCGGACGAGGUCACGACCGACGAUCUCGGGGACAUGGACUGGGAUUGCUGGAAGUGCGAGGGUGAUCCGGACCCUCACUACCCCCCUCCUUCCGUCUGGCUCCAACAAGCGCAGCAGAGGAGAGCCGCAAAGGGACAUAGAGCCCCUAGGAAGAUCUCGCUUGCCCCUCCUCGUGAUGCCCCGGCACGCCAGACCACCAGAGCGGCCCCCAAGAAGGCGGCGACUCCCCGGGCUCCUCGGAACAAGCGUCCCCACGAGGGCGGGAGCGGCGAAGGCACCACAACGCCUUCCAGCAAGCGCUCGCGGACCGUCCAGAGGGAGGUAGCUCCUGAGCUCUAUACCAGGCCAUACUCGGUUGCGCGUGAGAGCCGCGCCGACAGGUAUAGGCAGAGGGAGGAGCAGAAGGCGCAGGGAGAGGCCAACGGCCAGAAGUGGCCGUUGGCCCACACGCCGCCUAGCAGUGCAUGA